AUGACUGAGGCUGUUCCAGAAGUACCACCAGCUGCUGACGCACAAGAACCAGAGGAUGAUGUCCAAAUGGUCGAAGAAGAAGAACCCGACCGCGAAAAGAUAAAACUUCUGCCGCAAGCCAGCUCCGAAGACGGCACUUGUGCUUCUUUCCAAAUCGCUGAAGAAGACCACACCUUGGGUAAUGCCCUCCGCUACGUGAUCAUGAAGAAUAAAGAUGUCGAGUUCUGCGGCUACUCCAUCCCACACCCUUCUGAGAAUCUACUCAACUUAAGAAUACAGACUUACGGAGCUACUACAGCUGUCGAUGUGCUUCAAAAGGGGCUUACCGAUCUUAUGGACCUCUGCGAUGCUGUCGAGGACCGUUUCACAGCCCGUAUUAGAGAGCUAUAG